AAAUUGCUGGUACAGUGAAGGGGACUUCGGUGUUACCUUAAGCUUUGCUAGCAGAAGGAAAUAUCAUGUCUACCACAAUUUGUCAAGUGAUGGGCUUUUGUGUCUCAGCCCUUGGGUUUGCUGGCUGCAUUGUGGCUACAGCGAUGGAUCCAUGGAGUACCCAGGAUUUAUACAAUAACCCGGUGACAUCGUUAUUCCUCUAUCAGGGGCUUUGGAGGACUUGUGUGAGUCAGAGUUCAGGUCUAACUGAAUGUCGGCCUUAUUAUACAAUUCUUGGGCUUCCAGCAAUGCUCCAGGCCGUAAGAGCACUGAUGAUUGUAGGCAUUGUGCUGGGUGCUUUUGGUCUCCUGGUAGCUACUUUUUCCCUGAAAUGUUUACGGAUAGGCAACAUGGAAGACUCUUCAAAAGCAAGCAUGACUUUGGCUGCUGGAGUCAUGACCAUUGUGGCUGGUCUCUGUGCUAUCUGUGGAGUAUCUGUUUUUGCCAACAUGCUUGUCACAGACUACUGGAUGUCAACAGCUAAUAUGUACCAGCCAGGAAUGAUGCAGUCGCUCCAAGUAAGAUACACAUUUGGUGCUGCUCUGUUUGUGGGAUGGGUUGCUGGAGGCCUGGCCUUCGUGGGAGGCAUCAUGAUGUGCAUUGCUUGCAGAGGCCUGGUACCUGAAGAGACCCAUUACAAGGCAGUCUCCUACAAGUCUGCUGGAUAUAAAUCUGGAACUGCUUAUGAAACCAAGAAGAUUCCAGUAAUGGAUAAUAAUACUGUCAAAAGUGAUGAAGGAAGACGUUCCUACCCUUCAAAAUAUGACUAUGUAUAGAAACUGUCCAGAUAUGAUAUAGUUCCACACUCUACUUACUAAAACUUUAGCUUUAGUCCAAACCAAGAGCAAAGUGCUAAUGGCACUUCUCAUCUAUCUUUGAAUUAUUCUUGGGUUUGCCCUUAUGAUGCUGGAAAUCUCUUCUCCAGAUGUUUAUAAAUGUUCACUUUAUAUGACUGUAAAUAGAUCCUGAUAUCAUAGUAAGCUUGAAAUGAAUUGAGUUUUCCCCCCUGCAAAGAAUAGCUUCUUGUUCAAAGGAGAAUUGAAGACACUUCUCAGACAAUUUAUUAUAUUUUAAAUAAAUGUAACUAUAUAGUAAAAACUGGAACAUCAUUGCAGUGUAAAAUGUUGAAUCCAUUUCAGGUUCAUGCUUUGAGACUUUACAGCUGUGUUUUUCAAACUUGGCAACUUUAAGAUGUGUGGACUUCUUAAGUUCUCCAAAUGGCUGGGGAAUUCUGGGAGAUGAAGUCCACACAUCUUAAAGUUGUCAAGUUUGAAAAACACUGCUUUAUGGUAUUGGGCAUACUUGAUAAUCUACUAUGGAGUUUUCUUUAAAUUACUCAGAAUUCAAAUCCCAGUUAAGAAAACUAUUUUAUUUUAAUUUCUAAAAAUAAUAUGUAAACAUUAGAAUUAAUUAAGAUGAACAUGAAUUAGGAUUAAUUGCUAAAACCAAUACACUUCCUCUGUUUCAGAGGAAAUUAAGUCGUACUGUGCUUUCUUCUUAUUUCAUUAUAUUCAUCCACUCUUAAAAAAAAACCCUGACAUAAUAGAAAUAUGUCAGUUGUUCUAGUUUGCUUAUAGCAAAUAUUUCCUUUACUUUUGAAGACACUUUCAGCCAUGGUGCAUCUUGUAUCAUGGAACAGACUAUCUUGUCAUUCUUACACUUCAGUUUUGAAUACUCUGCGGACAAAAUAAAUUUGCAACAUUAAUAUUGUACCAUAUUUUCUUGGUCUGAGCCAUCUUAGGCCUUUAUUGUCUUGUUUAGGAUGCUGUAGAUGUAGAACAGCAAAUUCUCUUAGAUCAUUUCUUGUCCCUUAUUAAAGUUUUGUUUUGUUUUAGGGUGUGGGGAUGGGAGGGUUAUUUUUUGCUGAAUUUUGCUGAAUUUUUCUUUGGAACUGAAUUUCAAAUGUUUAUAAUAAGCAGAAAAACUUCAAAGAAAUCUAGAGACUUGUUUUCAUGAUUAUGUUUUUCAGUGCACACUUUUCCUUGUGCAUACAAUUUUGGAGGCAUUUUUAAAAUAAAAUAUAUUUUGUGAGUAUGUUUCCUCUAAUAUACACUUUUAAACAUUGUUUUAAAUGACUUAAUUUUAAAACUGGAUUAAGCGUACACGUGGGUUCCUCUGUAUUUUCUGUGGGUUCAAGAUCUAUACAAUCAUUAAAAAAUUCUGAUAGGCCAUAUUUCUCACUCUUUCCUAAUGAAUACCAACUGUCUUUCAUAGCUAGCAGUUCCUAGUAUAACAGAAUAACAAUGCAUGUCAAGUGUAAAGACAAAA